UGCAAAGCUUAGAGGCGUCUGCUGAAAGGAAAAUCAGGAAAAGAGUAUGUGGAUUUUGAUGUGCACAAGCGUUUUAUUGCCUCUGGUUUAGACCCUCUCUCUUCUCUAUGCGCAGCCGCUGAUUCCACUCACUACUGACCUCACUAUAGUCCGCAUUGUUUGCAGUCGCCUUCCUUCAAGAGUGGGCGGUUGUUAUCAGUUUCCAGUAAUUUCACAAUGACAGAUGCUGUGAUGGGCACAAAAGGUGUCCAUGUGCAGUCUGGACCUCUUGGCGCUGAGCUGACUGAUGAAGAGAAGGAGAUCAUCAACAGCGUAAUUGCCCGGGCCGAAAAAAUGGAGGCAAUGGAGCAAGAGAGGAUUGGACGUCUGGUGAAUCGUCUAGACAACAUGAAAAAAGCAGUUUGUGGGGAUGGAGUGUCACGCUGCCUUUUAUGUGGAGAGCAGCUGGCUGCAGGAGGUGACAGAUCAGUGGUUUGUGAGGACUGUAAAAAGAACAUGUGCACCAAGUGUGGAGUGCAGACUAACACUCGGCCACGGUCUGUAUGGCUCUGCAAGAUCUGCAGUGAACAAAGAGAGGUAUGGAAACGAUCUGGAGCCUGGUUCUUUAAAGGUCUCCCUAAGCAGUUCUUACCCUCACCUAUGCCCGUUUCCAGACCCAAAGAUCCCAGUCCUCAGAAGGCCCCUGCAGCACCUCCAGUUGCACCUCCAGUUGCUAUGCAAUCUCAAGCACCGGUCGCAGAACCAACAAUGGAUCCACCAAUCACCCAAAAACCACCUGUGGCUCCAAAACCUGCUCACCUUCAAACUCGGAGUUACUCAGAGGCAGAAGGAGAGGCUGGAAGCCCCCAGAAUACUCCAGUGAUGAUGAAAAAGACUGUGAAUGUCCAUGCUGCUAGACAAAACUCAUCCAGCAUGUUCCAGCCAGCUGCUCAGGAGGCAGAGAGAGGAGCCUACCCAUCCAUUAGCAAUGCAUCCAAUGUGCAGGAAAGAGCCCAUCCUGCAGAGAGGGAGGAGCAAAAGUCUGCUGUCAUCCCUCGACCCGGCCAGCAUCAGGCUGCCCCAACAAUGGACGACGAGGAAGAGGCCAACAGCUAUGACUCAGAUGAAGCAACAACUCUGGGAGCACUGGAGUUCACUUUACUAUAUGACCAAGGGAACAGCAGCCUCCAUUGCAACAUUGUUAGAGGAAAGGGUUUAAAGCCAAUGGAUUCAAAUGGUCUGGCAGAUCCAUAUGUUAAGCUUCAUCUGCUACCAGGUGCAAGUAAGUCAAAUAAAUUACGUACCAAGACCCUACGCAAUACUCGCAACCCAAACUGGAAUGAGACGCUGGUGUACCACGGCCUGACAGAUGAGGAUAUGCAGCGCAAGACCCUCAGAAUAUCUGUCUGUGAUGAAGACAAGUUUGGCCACAAUGAGUUUAUUGGAGAAACCAGAGUUGCACUGAAAAAACUCAAGUUCAAUCAGAAGAAAAACUUUAAUGUGUGUUUAGAAAGGGUUGUCCAAACAAAAAGAACAUCAACUGCAGGUGGUGCACGAGGAAUCACCCUCUAUGAGGAUGAGACUGGAAAGGAUGGCACUGAACAGGAAGAGAGAGGACGUAUCCUGAUAUCCCUCAUGUACAACAGCCAGCAGAGUCGCCUCAUUGUAGGUGUUAUACGCUGUGUUCACUUAGCAGCAAUGGAUGCAAAUGGCUACUCUGAUCCCUUUGUCAAAAUAUGUCUGAAACCUGAUAUGGGGAAGAAAGCGAAGAACAAGACGCAGACCAAGAAGAAGACACUCAACCCAGAGUUUAAUGAGGAAUUCAGCUAUGAAAUUAAGCAUGCAGAGCUGGCCAAAAAGACUCUUGAUAUCUCAGUAUGGGACUACGACAUUGGAAAAUCUAAUGAUUAUAUAGGAGGCUGCCAGCUGGGAAUCACUGCCAAAGGUGAGCGUUUGAAGCACUGGUACGAAUGCCUAAAGAACAAAGACAAGAAGAUUGAGCGCUGGCAUACUCUUUUCAACGAGAAUCACAUCUCCAGUGAUUAGGUUCUUUGAGAUUUGUGCAUGCCUUUCACUUACGUUGUACUUGGCCCAUUUGCCAACUCCAUUCCCCUCCACUAACUGCAUAUCUUGGGCUAUACCGAUCUUGUUCUUGUCCGGCUGACACAUGAUAUGCUUUCAAAGAACAAAAUGUGAUGUCUGGAGCUCUUCUGUUCACUGUGACCUACACACAAACGACUAUCGGUUAGCAUUGAAAAGUAAAAGAACUGCACAGUUAUGUCAUGUCAUGUUCUCUUAUCUGGCCAAAGUAGCAUUGUGUUUUUUAAGUUAUAGUUUAAGAACAACUGUAAAAACUCCAAAUAUUUACCUUGUUGUGGGAAUGCGUUAAUAUCAUGUCUCUUAGCAACCUCUUAUUAAAAAGCAUAAUGAAAGUCAGAUAGAAAAAGAGUCAAAAAGAGGCAGAUACAGAAUAUAUAAGCCCUAUUUUAACCAGUUUUACCCAGUCUUAGAAUGUUUACAUGCCAUAUAGAAUGUCAGGUAAAAAUCCUUUAACAUUAACACUUUAACAAGACAUUUAUUGACUUAUUUAAACACCUUCAAAAUCAAAUUUACAUAAUUAUUUCAAACAAAUAGGCAAACAACAUGUAGGGAUGUUUACACAGCACAGAUAAGACUGAAUCCAAAGAAUGUUUAAGAAUUUUAAACCAUUAUGAAUCAUUUUAUGUGAUCUGUUUGGCAAGGAUACAUGUAGACUUAGUUAGGUUAGGUAGCCUUCUAAUGAAAACAAUUUUGUAACACAUUGCUUGGAAUGUCUGGUUUAUAACAACACUUCUAUGUAAGCACACUAUUCCACAAACCCUUUCAAUCAUGCAUCUUAUUUGUGGUCUAUAAUGCGCUGAAAAUACAAAUGCCUUGUGUGAAGACAACAACUUCCAUGGACAAAUUAAAUUACUUCAUAAAAGAAUAGACUAAAAUAGUCUAAUGGCUGUGAAGCAAGCCAAGAUUACUUUAAUUAGUCACCUGCAGCCUGUUUGUCUUGUGACUGCAGUCCAAUCACUGGAUUGCAUCAGGAAAGCACAUUAACAAUGGAAUGACCUCAACAUUUCCAUUCUUUGCUGUUAUUAUAACCAGCUCUUAUGCAUGAGAGUGUCUGUGAUCAUAGUGAAUACAAUUAAUUUUCUUUGUAUAAUUUACUUCCCUAGAUAAAAUUACUGAUUACCAACAAACGCUUGGCAACGACAUUUCCGGGUUCUGCCGCAACCUAGAAACAGAGCUGUUGCGCUGAUUUUACAUUUUGAACCAUAAUUGUGGUGACAAUAUAUUUCAUAUUAUACAUUUGGUCCUAUAACACCAAAUGAUCAUCAUUGAUAUAACAGAACCCAGUCUCGGCACCACUGUGGCAUGUAUUGGCUAUUUAUGAAAAGAUAUGAGAAUGAAAAUGUUUCAAAGCUGAAAAAAUACGAAAAUGUUGUAGUUGAUUUUGAAUGCUCUAUCUUACAAGUAACUUUAAAUUCAAAAACAUUGUUUAUUAAUCCUAAACAAUAUCAAAUAUUACUAUUUAUGUGACCAAAUGUGUAUUUAAACGAAAAAAGGGGUAGGCGAUAUGACCAAAAUCUUCUAUCAUGAUAUGAGUCAUUUUAUUUCACGAUAACGAUAUAUAUAUCACAAUAUAGUUAUUUUUGCUUUAAAUAAGGUUUUUAUAUCAUCAAAAAUUUUGAUACCAUUAAAUUUUCAUAAUUCUUGUAACCAAUUUCAAUAUCACAAGAAAAAACUACUAGCCUAUGUUAAAAAAAAAAACUAAAAAAACAAGCUUACUGAAGGCAAGUAAACAGUUAGUAAUAUAAUAAGAACAAAGAAACUAAAUACAAGUAAUAGGACAACAAACUACAAUAGAACAAAGAAAUAGACCUACCUGAAAAAUUUCAAGCACUAAACCCUAUAGCCCUAGAAACCCUAGAAAUACUGGCCUACAUAAAUUGUAAAAAAAAAAAAAAGUAAUCAAAUGUAUUAAAAAUACUGCAUAUCUUCACUGUCUAAAUUAAAUAUACAUUUAUUCUUAUUAAAGUGAGACAAAAGCGAUUCAGUCAAGAGCACUGAGAGAUUUUUUCUGUUGUUGUUUUAUUAACAUUAAUGACAAAUGACAGCAGGUUUAUUAGGCUGCUGUCACUUUAAGACCGAAUAUACUGUUACACAUGCGUUUUCUUUCUCAACUGUUUACAUUCACUUAAGACAUUAAUGACUGUUUACGAGGAUACUUGCAAAGAUGGGCAUUUUGACACAUAAGUAUGUGUAUUUUCUGCCCAAUUAGGCAGAAAAAAGAACUCAGUUUAGUACUCACGCACUCUCUGAGACAGCUUGUCUUUCGCUGCUUAUUCCGUUUCAACGAUUUAAAAUAACUUAUUUUUAAACUGCAAUGCUUAAAAACGCAUGCAAACGAUAAGCUUUCGUGACCGCGCAGCACAGAAACAUCACGUAACCGUGAUGGUGACAAUAGUCCAAAAUCUCUAACAGUUGACAAAUUUCUACCGGUUGAUCAUGUUUAACGAUAUAUAGCCCGCCCCUAAUGUCCACAUACUGAACUUAAGCUCCAGAAAGUUUUCUCAAAUUUUCAAAUGUGUAUUUUAGCAAUAAAGAUGCAUUAAAUAUCUGCUUUUACUUUUAUGUCAUGCCUCAGGCUUUAGAAUAUCCUGUUACAUAAAUGAAAUAAUGAAUAUUGUUAAAAUUAUUUUUUGUGGAGAGAAUACAGGAAAUGGACUGGGACAUGAUUUGAGCCAGACUCAAACCUGGAUCUCCUUGAGCACAGCAGCUGUUUAUUUAUGGGCCUCACCACUGUCUGUGCCACAGCUUUAACGAUAUAAUGCCAAAACAGAUAAUUAGAACCGUAGCACUGCUCAUGUCAAUCGAUAAAAGCUGCUCAUUUGAAGAACCCAGAAGUGUGGUUGCCUGUUGUUUGACAUCACAGAAAAUUUGAAAGGGUUGUGUCACGUGGAAUCAAUUUUUCAUUGAUAAUUUGAUAGGCUAUGUAAGAGGUCACUGUACUAUAAAAACACUCAAAGUUUCAGAACUCAAAACAGCCUCCAAAAAGAGCAUUUAUUGUUACAUCUCAGCAAAAAAAUACUUAAUUAAAUAUAAGAAUGGUCAUUUAUAUUGAAGUCUCAAAGAGUGAGCGUCCACAAAGUGGAGUGAAUUGGUCAUAGGGUCAGAGACUGGUGGAAAAUGCUCAUGUAUUAAUACAUUUAGACCAAGUAUUAUAAGUGAACUUCAAGGAAUAGAAUUUAAAAAAAAAUGCAUGACAUGACCAAUACAAUCUCAUGGCAAUUUGUAACUAUUUUACAUUUUGUCAAAUUGGUCGCUCAUUCGAAUGAAUUUGUACUCAUUCGUAUGUUUUCAUACAAUCUCAUUCAUAUGAGCACCUCAUACAAAUUCAUAUGAAUUUUGCACCUUGUAAAACAGUGUCGUUUUCCUGUGAGAUUGGGUUGAACAUGACCUCUAACCUUUUGUAGUCCAGAUAAGUCAAUUAGAUUUUCAAAAUGAAUGUGAUCUUGCUGCAUUUUUCAUGAGACCUUAUUCAUAUACAGAGCUAUCUAUGAUUGUACCAAUGACAUUUUCAAAAAACAAACAAAAUAUAGCACACCAGUCUAAUAUUUAAAACCAUAUUUGCCAGUUUAGUUUGUGAAUGAUUAUUGGUAUACAAAUGUUCUUAUUUCAUUAAUGAUGCAAUUGUUUAUAUAUAUAUAUAUAUAUAUAUAUAUAUAUAUAUAUGUAUAGUGCAUGUACUUGCACAGCAGGGAAGUGUUUACUGUAUGACUGUAUGUCUGAACUUUGCAUGUAAAGAUUUUACUUGGAGUUCAAAACACAGAGGCCAAUAAAGUCAGAAUAAACUGCA